AUGUCAUUUCUCGAAAAGAAGAUCCUCGCCAUGACCGAGGCACGCGAGUACCCAAAAACAAUCUGUCCAAGCGAAGUAGCGCGAGCACUGACCGAAGACGAACUGCACUCUCUGGAUUGCUCGGAUUGGCGUGCGGCUAUGGAUCCGAUCAGGAGGGAAGCAUGGUCCUUGAAGGAGAGAAGCUUGCUGGACAUUACACAGAAAGGCGAAGUCGUCGCGGCGCAUGAUCUAGACGAGAUACACGGCCCAGUUCGCUUGCGCAGAAUUCCUGAAGGCUCAGGUAGCCAACAAGAUCCUUGA